AUCAUGGAUACAGAAAUGUCUGAAGAUAUAGACCACAACUUAACUCCUACUCUUGACAGCAUGUCUUAUGGAAUGCCGAAUCAAACAGGAUCUGAAAAUUCAUUGCUGGAUGAAGAUGAUUAUUUUUUGAACUCUGGGGAUCUUGCAGGAAUUCCAGUCGUUGGUAGUGACAAUGAGGAUGAACAGGAUUUUAGUUCAAAGGACAAUCUUGUUUCUUCAAUUCAUACUGAUGAUAGCUUGGAAGUAGAGAGAAGAGUCACACAGCAUGAAUCAGACAAUGAAAAUGAAAUACAGAUUCAAAAUAAAUUAAAAAAAGACUUUCCUAAACAGUUUGAUCAGGUUUCUGUCUUUAAAUCAAUACGGAAAGAUUUUAGUCUAGUAAGAGAAAACAGCAAAGAGACAUUUUCUGGAAAGGAGAAAAAUAGAGACCUAACUUAUCAUGAACGUGAAAAACGAUUGGAUAAACCCCAUAAAGAGUUGGAUUCAAGGUUGAAAAGCAGUUUUUUUGAUAAAGCAGCUAAUCAAGUUGAAGAAACAUUACAUACCCAUUUACCACAAACCCCAGAAACAAACUUUAGGGAUUCCAGCUAUCCAUUUGCCAAUAAAGAAUCCAUUGGUUCGGAACUGGGGAAUUCCUUUGCAUCAAAUAUUAGAAUUAAAGAAGAACCUUUGGAUGAUGAGUAUGACAAAGCAAUGGCACCACAGCAGGGACUACUAGACAAAAUUAAAGAUGAACCUGACAAUGCUCAAUACAUGUUAAAGAAAUUAGAAGAAAUAAUGGAAAAGGGGAGACAAAAUUGUCAUCGUUUACUGGAGUAUAGUCAUGGCCAACAGCAAAAAACUCAAGAAGGGGAACUGAAAAUUAGUGCUGUGUUUUCAGUCAGUGGCAGUCCUCUUGCUCCACAGUUGACUACUGGCUUUCAGCCUUCACUGGCGUCAUCUGGCAUGAAUAAAAUGCUUCCUUCAGUUCCAGCCACAGCUGUUCGAGUUUCCUGUUCUGGUUGUAAAAAAAUCCUCCAGAAGGGGCAAACUGCUUACCAGAGGAAGGGGUCGACUCAGCUCUUCUGUUCUACACUGUGCCUCACUGGAUAUACAGUUCCACCUGCCCGCCCACCACCUCCUCCCACCAAGAAAACUUGUUCAAGUUGCUCAAAAGACAUUUUAAAUCCAAAGGAUGUGAUCAGUGCCCAGUUUGAAAAUACCACAGCUAGUAAAGAUUUUUGCAGUCAGUCAUGUCUGUCAACAUACGAACUGAAAAGGAAACCUGUUGUCACCAUAAAUACGAAUAGCAUUUCAACCAAAUGCAGCAUGUGUCAGAAGAAUGCUGUUAUUCGACAUGAAGUUAAUUACCAGAAUGUGGUACAUAAACUUUGCAGUGAUGCCUGCUUCUCUAAGUUUCGCUCUGCCAACAACCUCACCAUGAACUGUUGUGAGAACUGUGGGGGCUACUGCUACAGUGGCUCUGGGCAGUGCCACGUGCUUCAGAUAGAGGGCCAGUCUAAGAAGUUCUGUAGUUCAGCAUGUGUCACGGCGUAUAAGCAGAAAUCAGCCAAAAUUACACCAUGUGCGCUUUGCAAAUCAUUGAGAUCCUCAGCAGAAAUGAUUGAAAAUACCAAUAGCUUGGGAAAGACAGAGCUUUUCUGUUCUGUUAAUUGCUUAUCUGCUUACAGAGUUAAAAUGGUUACUUCUGCAGGUGUACAAGUUCAAUGUAACAGUUGUAAAACCUCAGCAAUCCCUCAGUAUCACCUAGCCAUGUCAGAUGGAAGUAUACGCAACUUCUGCAGCUACAGUUGUGUGGUAGCUUUCCAGAAUUUGUUCAACAAACCAACAGGAAUGAAUUCUUCAGUAGUGCCCUUGUCUCAGGGCCAGGUAAUUGUAAGCAUUCCCACAGGUUCAACAGUGUCAGCAGGUGGGAGUAAUACCUCUGCUGUCUCCCCCACCUCCAUCAGUAGCUCUGCUGCAGCUGGCCUCCAGCGUCUUGCUGCCCAAUCCCAGCACGUUGGGUUUGCACGAAGUGUUGUAAAACUCAAGUGUCAGCACUGUAACCGUCUUUUUGCCACAAAGCCAGAACUUCUUGACUAUAAGGGUAAAAUGUUUCAGUUCUGUGGCAAGAAUUGUUCUGAUGAAUAUAAGAAAAUAAAUAAUGUAAUGGCAAUGUGUGAAUAUUGUAAAAUUGAGAAAAUUGUAAAGGAGACUGUGCGAUUCUCAGGUGCUGACAAGUCAUUCUGUAGUGAAGGUUGCAAAUUGCUUUAUAAACAUGACUUGGCGAAACGCUGGGGAAAUCACUGUAAAAUGUGCAGUUAUUGUUUACAGACAUCUCCCAAAUUGGUACAGAAUAAUUUGGGGGGGAAAGUAGAAGAGUUCUGUUGUGAAGAAUGCAUGUCCAAAUAUACAGUUCUAUUCUAUCAGAUGGCCAAAUGUGAUGGUUGUAAGCGACAGGGUAAACUCAGUGAGUCCUUGAAAUGGCGAGGAGAAAUGAAACAUUUCUGUAACCUGCUUUGUAUCUUGAUGUUCUGUAAUCAGCAAAGUAUGUGUGAUCCACCUUCACAAAACAAUGCAGCAAGUAUUUCCAUGGUGCCAGCUGCUUCAGCAGGGCCCCCAUCUCUAAGAAAAGAUUCAACUCCAGUUAUAGCCAAUGUGGUAUCAUUAGCCAGUGCUCCUGCUGCUCAGCCCACAGUGAAUUCUAACAGUGUCUUACAAGGUGCAGUUCCAACAGUAACAGCGAAAAUCAUUGGGGAUGCAAGUACACAAACAGAUGCUCUGAAACUGCCACCUUCCCAGCCCCCAAGACUUUUGAAGAAUAAAGCUUUAUUAUGUAAACCUAUCACACAGACUAAAGCCACUUCUUGCAAACCACAUACCCAAAACAAAGAAUGCCAGACAGAAGACACUCCAAGUCAGCCCCAGAUCAUUGUGGUGCCAGUUCCCGUACCAGUGUUUGUGCCCAUACCUCUUCAUCUUUAUACUCAGUAUGCACCAGUCCCAUUUGGAAUUCCAGUUCCCAUGCCUGUCCCUAUGCUUAUUCCAUCCUCAAUGGAUAAUGAAGAUAAAGUCACUGAAAGUAUUGAAGACAUUAAGGAGAAGCUUCCUUCACAUCCAUUUGAAGCUGAUCUCCUUGAGAUGGCAGAAAUGAUUGCAGAAGAUGAAGAGAAGGAGAAGACUCUAUCCCAGGGAGGAUCCCAAACUUCUGAACAGGAGCUCUUUUUAGAUACCAAGAUUUUUGAAAAAGACCAAGGAAGUACAUACAGUGGUGAUCUUGAAUCAGAGGCAGUAUCUACGCCACAUAGCUGGGAGGAAGAGUUGAAUCAUUAUGCCUUAAAGUCAAAUGCUGUGCAAGAGGCUGAUUCAGAAUUGAAGCAGUUCUCAAAAGGGGAAACUGAGCAGGAUCUGGAAGCAGAUUUUCCAUCAGAAUCCUUUGACCCACUGAAUAAAGGACAGGGAAUCCAGGCACGUUCCCGAACAAGACGACGGCACAGAGAUGGCUUCCCUCAGCCCAGACGAAGAGGACGGAAGAAGUCUAUAGUGGCUGUGGAGCCCAGAAGUCUUAUUCAAGGAGCCUUUCAGGGGUGCUCAGUGUCUGGGAUGACACUGAAAUACAUGUACGGGGUAAAUGCCUGGAAGAACUGGGUUCAGUGGAAAAAUGCCAAGGAAGAUCAGGGGGAUCUGAAAUGUGGCGGUGUUGAACAUGCUGCAUCUAGCCCAUGUUCUGACCCUUUAGGAAGUGCUCAAGACCAUGUACUCUCUCAAGAAUCCUCAGAGCCAGGCUGUAGAGUCCGUUCUAUCAAGCUGAAGGAAGAUAUUCUGUCCUGCACUUUUGCUGAGUUGAGUUUGGGUUUAUGCCAGUUUAUCCAAGAGGUGCGGAGACCAAAUGGUGAAAAAUAUGAUCCAGACAGUAUCUUAUACUUGUGCCUUGGAAUUCAGCAGUACCUGUUUGAAAAUGGUAGAAUAGAUAAUAUUUUUACUGAGCCCUAUUCCAGAUUUAUGAUUGAACUUACCAAACUCUUGAAAAUAUGGGAACCUACAAUACUUCCUAAUGGUUACAUGUUUUCUCGCAUUGAAGAAGAGCAUUUGUGGGAAUGCAAACAGCUGGGCGCUUACUCACCAAUUGUCCUCUUGAACACCCUCCUUUUCUUCAAUACCAAAUACUUUCAACUCAAGAAUGUUACUGAGCACUUGAAGCUUUCCUUUGCCCAUGUGAUGAGACGGACCAGGACUCUGAAGUACAGCACCAAGAUGACAUAUUUGAGGUUCUUCCCACCUUUACAAAAGCAGGAGUCAGAACCAGAUAAACUGGCUAUUGGCAAGAGGAAACGAAAUGAAGAUGACGAGGUCCCCGUGGGUGUGGAGAUGGCAGAGAAUACUGACAAUCCACUAAGAUGCCCAGUCCGACUUUAUGAGUUUUACCUGUCAAAAUGUUCUGAAAGUGUGAAGCAGAGGAAUGACGUGUUUUACCUGCAACCUGAGCGCUCCUGUGUUCCGAACAGCCCCAUGUGGUACUCCACAUUCCCAAUAGACCCUGGGACCCUGGACACCAUGUUAACACGUAUUCUCAUGGUGAGGGAGGUACACGAAGAACUUGCCAAAGCCAAAUCAGAAGACUCUGAUGUUGAGUUAUCAGAUUAA